AUGGCGAACGCGCGACUGAAACAGGCGCGACGCCGCGCGACGUCCCGCAGCUCCGCCGCCUCGUCACCAAUCGCGGCGUCAACUGCGCAGCUGCCGGUGGUCGAAACGGCCGUCGAAACGGCGUCUGUCGCGCCCUACGAGUCGCUUUCCGACGCGUCGGACGAGCGCGCGGCGCUCGAAGCGGCGCUGGCGGCGCGGAAACGUACUUUAGCGGAGCAGUUGCACGCCCUGACCCUCGGCAAGCCCCUGAUGAAGGAACUGCUGCCCGACUGCGACGCUGCGGGCCGGCGCGUCGGGCGCUGCCAUCGCGACUACUUACUGCAGGAGAUGGAGUGGAUGGCCGCCGACUUUAGUCAAGAGCGCAAGUGGCGCGUGCGCAAUGCCAAAGCGCUGGGCCAGGCGCUGGUGUCGUACGUAAGCCGGCAAGAAGCGCGGCUCGUGCGGCAGCAGAAGCGCGACGACGUGGCGCGGCGGCGCACUGCGGCGCGCGUGGGACGCGAAGUGAAAAAGUUUUGGAGCAAAAUUGACAAGAUCAUUGCGUAUAAAGUGAAGUUGGAGGCCGAAGAGCUCAAGCAGAGGCAAAUGCAGAGGCAGCUGAAGCAGCUCGUGGAGCAGACGGAGAAGUACGCCGAUGCAUUAGCUGCGAGUUUCCAAGAGGGACGAGAGGACGUGCGGGAGGGAGAGGUGGACGCUGACGACGAAGGACGUGGUGCAGGGAAGGAGGGGAGUCGGGACGAGGCGGUCGGAGACGCUGACUUUGAGGAGACGGUCGGAGACGCUGACUUUGUGGUGACGAGACGCGACGAGGAGAAUGAAGCAGAGGAUGAAAGUACGAUUGACGAGGAGGAGAAGUUGGAGCGAGCGAGUGGUGCGUCGGGCAGUGCUGAGGAACUACGACUGUUGAAGGAAGAGAGCGAGAUGUCGAUUGAACAACUCCGAGCUCGAUACGCGACGGCGUCGUAUGCAGACUCGAGUGAUGAUGACGGUAUGGAUCUUGAAGAACUUAGCGAACAACAACAUAGUGAAGAGACGGAUCGACAGAAGGGCGAGGAGGAGGAGGAGCUGGAAGAUGGCAGCGCGAAAGCAGAUGUCGAUGGUGCUGCUGGAUUGAAUGGAGUUGUACAUAAAGCUUCAGCGACAGCACGAAAGAGCGGGUACAAGCGACCUUACUUGCUGACGUCUAGGUUAGAUUUACGGGAGUACCAAGAAGCUGGUGUGAAUUGGCUUAUCAGCAUGUGUCAGCGACGUAUAAACGGUAUUCUCGCAGACGAAAUGGGUCUUGGCAAAACUAUCCAGACGAUAUCACUUUUGGCGCAUCUUGCUUGGAGUCAAGGGCUUUGGGGACCCCAUCUGAUUGUGGUACCUACGAGCUGUCUUGUGAACUGGGAGAUGGAGUUCAAACGUUGGUGCCCGGCGUUCAAGGUGUUGACGUAUUUCGGGUCUGCCAAACGUCGCAAAGAGCUCCGACAGGGAUGGUCGAAGCAGAAUGCGUUCCAUGUGUGCAUCACUAGCUACCAGCUCGUGGUUCAAGAUGCACACUGCUUCAAGCGAAAGAAGUGGUAUUACCUGAUUCUUGACGAAGCGCACAAUAUCAAGAAUUGGAAAAGUCUCCGAUGGCAAACGUUGCUGACAUUCAGCUCGCAGCGUCGUUUGUUGCUGACAGGAACGCCGUUGCAGAAUAAUUUACUAGAGCUCUGGGCUCUCAUGCAUUUCCUCAUGCCGCAUGUAUUCGCGUCGCGCAAGGAGUUUACUUAUUGGUUUCAGAAUCCGUUAGCACUGAUGGUGGAGAACGGUAGUGAUGCAGGUCAAUCGGGCGAUAAUGGCGUCGAGGGUGGAAAGGACUUGGUGACAAAGCUGCACGGUAUCAUCCGGCCGUUCGUUUUGCGUCGAUUGAAGAAAGACGUGGAAAAGCAAUUGCCGGGCAAAUUUGAGCAUGUGAUUACAUGUCAGUUGUCAAAGCGACAGCGAUAUUUGUACGAAGACUUCAUUUCCCGAAGCAGUACACGUCGCGCAAUGUUCGGCCGCGGGAAAGGUCGUGGUGCAAACUUUAUGAGCAUGAUGAAUGUCCUCAUGCAGCUACGUAAGGUGUGUAAUCACCCGGACUUGUUCGAACCACGCCCGAUCGCAUCUCCAUUAGAUAUGCCGAGCAUUCGUGUGAGCGUGCCGUCACGCUGUGGUUACUUAGUUGCUGAGAUAGUAAACGAGCGCCCGCACGUGGCACAUUGGACCGGGAGUAAUUUACCCGGACUGGAAGUAUUGCGUGGCGAAAAGUUCACUUCAAAGCGACGAAGGAAACUUUUCUUCUACGACGUUAGUGCACCGCUCCCGGAUGACACUGUUGUGACUGUGCCGCCAGCAUAUGUUGGAAACAACGACAUCGCCCAACAAAUCAUUAGGCUAGCAGCCAAGCGUCGGAAGUAUUGGGAGGAUAAGCGUGCAAGUGUUGCACAGCUUCAGAAGCUCCGCUCUGGAUUGUACCUGGACGAACCUGUGUUUGGAGGCGAUCUUAUCCGAGUUUGUACGAUGCCGACAUUCAUCUCAUCAGCGAUGGAGGUCCAUAUGCAUCGUGCCAGGCCUUUCCUCGGCUCUCGUCAACCGACACUGGCUCUGCAAGCUAUGGUUCGUAGCCCCGAGGAAAGACUGAUGUCGUUGCAGUCAACAGUGAAUAAAUCAAUUUGUUACGUGCCGAAGGCUCGUGCAAAGCCUGCUCGUGUCAUUUAUGGAGGUGGUGGGUUUGCUUACGACACCAACUUUGUGUUGUCACGCAAAGCCCAGGCUGAAAAACUUGAAGCAAGCAACGCCCGGGACGUAGCGCAUCGUAUAUUGGCACCGUACCACGAGUCAUUUAAGCGCACGCAGUUAUUUUUUCCCGACAAGGCGCUGGUGCAAUUUGAUUGUGGUAAACUUCAGCAACUGGCAGUGCUCUUGCGUACUUUGAAACAUGGUGGCCACAGAUGCCUCAUUUUUACACAAAUGAGCUCGAUGCUGAACAUCCUGGAAGUGUUUCUGAAUUUGCACGGCCACACAUACUUUCGUUUGGAUGGUGCAACGAAAGUGGAGAAGCGGCAAACGCUUAUGGAGCGGUUCAAUCGCAACGAGAAAAUCUUUUGCUUCAUCUUGAGCACGCGAAGUGGCGGCUUAGGAAUAAACCUUACAGGUGCGGACGCCGUGAUAUUUUACGACUCAGAUUGGAAUCCCGCUAUGGAUGCGCAGGCGCAAGACCGUGCUCACCGCAUCGGUCAGACACGUGAUGUGCACAUAUAUCGCCUUGUGAGCGAGCACACGGUAGAAGAAAACAUUCUUCGUAAGGCACAGCAGAAACGACAUCUAGACUUUCUGGUGAUGUCGGAGGGGCAGUUCACCACAGACUUUUUCUCCAAGGCCAGUCUACGGGAGCUCAUGGUCGGCAGCUCAGGUGAAGAGGCUGAGGGUAUCGAUGAUAAGUCUGAAGUUGACGAUGGGAGUUCAGACGAGGAUAUAGACGAAAACAACGUGAUGUCUCUUGAUACCGUAGAAAACACUAUGGCUCAGUUAGAAGAUGAGGAAGAUGUUGUGGCAAUGAAAGGUGCGCGGGCAGAGUAUUUGCAAGAACAACGUGAAUUUGACGACGAAGCGGACAGCAAUGCCGCAUCUCCCCGUGCAAGUCAUGUCGGGGACAUGUCUUCGAGGCCUUCAACCCCAUCGUCGGUAUCGGCGAGCACUGCUGCGAGUGAAAAGGGUGACGGCGACGAUGUUGAGAGUAAAGACGACACUAGAGCUGACGAAGACACAACGGAAGAAGAUUAUGAUCGGCCGGCGAACAGAUCGGGCGGGUGCGAUGUCGAUACUUUGAAGCGGGGUGAGACUGUCGACGAGAACGAGAUUGGCAGUCGGAAACGGCAGCGUGAUAGCUUGAGUGUUCAAAGAAGUUUGACGACGAAGCGUUUGAAAGUUCCAGAAUCUAACGAUCAAAAUGGAAAGCACGGUGAGGAGGUCCGCGAGAGGGCCCGCGACGCGGCCGAAGAGCAAAAGCUGCAAGCUUGGAAGGCAUCCGUUCGAUCGCUUCAGGGAUUCGAGGACUCAUUGAAUUCAGUGGAUCGCUAUGCGCUACACUUUCGAGAAGACGUGGAUCCUUUGUAUGCAUGCACCCCAGCCCAGCAAGCUGCAGCGCUCGCUGGAAUUGAUGUUAAUCCUGCUACAACAACGCUAUUGGAAGAUAUAGAGCAAACGGAGGUGGAAAAACGGGAGGAAGAGGCACGACUUAUCGCAGAAGGUGAACUUAUCGUCGGUCAUAUGGAUUGCAGCGAUGAUGCUGGAUCUGAGCAGAUGACGGAAUACUACGCCGAUCUUUAUCGACGUGAGCGCGCGCACGUGCUUUUCGAACAACGCAAACGUCUUUUGACAGGCGCAGCGUGGACGCUAAUGAAGUGUGCAAAGACUGGUAAGCCGUUUUACUAUAACACUGAUACGCGUGAAGCUAUGUGGGACUGUCCUGCUGUUCGGGUUGCCAACGAGCAGUUUCAGAGUGCGCGGGGGAGAGGAUACGAAGGUUUGCCGCCACCGGUAUUGCUUCGCGUGCUAUCGAUGUUGGACCCGUUCCCAGGACGCUACUGCGUUCAGAUGGUUUGCCGCAGCUGGCAUGUCGCGGCACAGCACCAGUCGUUGUUUGUCAAAAUUUCUGCAAGCGCCUGCGGCCCAGGGUCGUCAGCAUCUUUGGCAAAAGUAUUGGCAAAUGUGGCGUCUGGCGAAACUGUGCUUUUUGGUCCAGGAGUCUAUCACCUUGACGAAACAGUAGAAAUAUCGAAAUGCUUGAGGCUACUGGCAGCCCCAGAUGCGCACGUUGAGUUACAAAUGCACUCUUGCCGUGCACAGUUGUGCUGGAACGCUCGUGGUGGGGUAAUAUGUGGUUUUCACUUUACGCGGACGAACAGUACUUGCGAUUUCGCCGCGACUGAUAUAAAACCAAGCUCUGAUGCCACGGAAUUGGCACCCGCGGUCGAAGAAAGCAGACGCGUCGUACGAAAACGAGACAAGAAGCUGUGUAACUGGCAGAAUCUGUUGCGAGUUGCAGGCCACGGGCAGCUGCGUGUGGAGUACUGCGAAUUUGAUGGAAAGGGUUUGGGCAACGCUUGUAUAUGCGUGUGGGGUUGUGGCGCCAAGAAACGGAAACGAUCGAAAAGGAAGAGGGCACGAUACACGGAUGCCGAGACCGUUUCGACGUUGAAGUCGAACACGACCGAAAUUUUUGAUCCCAUGUCAUCGACCUCAGCUACUUUCACAACGGAUGCUUCCGCAGCGUUUGUCCCGUCGCCAGCAGCUCCUGCUACUUUGGCUGUUAAAUCGCCCUCUCCGUCCGUUGCUCUAUCAUCGGCGAGCGACACAACAAAGACUGUUGCAUCACUGACUGUCAUUCCAGCAACUGCUUUGCCGCGUGUUGCCACUCCAGUAAACCCGGCAGCGCGCGUUUCCGCGACAGGAACUACGAGUACAACAUUGCAGGUUGCCACUGGGGCACCUAUUGCGGAAAGUGCUAGAGCAAGUAUUUCUACGCCCGUGACGGCUGCAACAGCGCCAGCACCUAUUACACCGGUGGCAUUUGCAUCAAUGGCUUCGGAAUCACGAGUUGACCCACCAUGUUCUUCGGUGACGAGUGCACCGCAAUGUGUAUCGACUUCGACUUCUCCUGUAUCUGAUACAUUAUUGGUACUACAUAACUGCCGUAUUCGUGGUGCUGGAAGUUCUGGUGUGCUCCUCGUGCGCGGGUCAUUAGUCAUGUCGCUAAACACCGUCGAAGAGAACGCGCAUUCGGGCGUUACUGUUCUGGGUGGACAGGCAUUGGUGCGGCUGAACAAGAUUCAACGAAAUGCUCGAUUCGGCUUGAGGUUGCUCUAUCACGCCGGAAGUGUGAUUGUCGAAGACAAUGUGGUGUUUGACAACGCUUGCGGGAACCUUGAUGUGGACAACUCAGGUCGGCGUUUUGUUGUCCGUAUGAAUGAAAUGGACAAGGGCAAAAAGUCGUCAGAAAGGAUGUCGCAUUCGCACGGGAAGCUGCGCCUAAAAACUUAUGCUGUGCUAGAAAAGGAAGUACCGCGUGCGACGACUCCAGUUGUGAAGCCUGCUACCAGCACCGCUGCUGAAUACUGGAAGAAGCAACUAGCCACUAGCACCGCAGUUUCGUCGGCAGCACCCGUGCCAAGUUUGACUGCAACCCAGACAGGUCCUGUCGUUGGUGAUAACGGUGUGAUGACUGCCGGGAUUCCGAUGAGUUUCAUGCGAUCUGUAGUAUUCCCUCAAGGCUCUAACCGUUCGCACGUCACCCACCUUCCGCCAGGGUUUGCGCCACUGGGUGGGACGGUGCCGUCAAUGACGCUGAAUCGAUCUACGACGACGGCCGCAUCAAGUGUACAGCGCGUUGUUAACGCGAGUGGGACUCCUGGUAUUCCGAAUGGUGUUCGAGCGAGUCCUGAACUGUUGUUUGGAGCCACUAGCGCACCAACUGCGUUGAUACGCGCUACUUCCUGUAUUGAGCCCCCGGAGCAACACUGUCGACCUAAAACAAAUCAGGUCGUCGUGGGCGGACGCGAACUUAUGCUGCGUGAUACGUGCGAGAAGCCUACCGAGAAGGUUGUGAAACCUCGACGUUCCAAGGAUCCCCCGACGCAAGUAUUGGGGUCUGCUAAUCUGCAACAGAUAACCUCACCGUCCGCAUUUCAGCUUAAUUUCGCCCCUGGUUCAACUGCUGCAGCCGUGGCGGCAGCUAUGGGCUCAAUGAUGGCUCACACGGCCAAGCUACAAGCAGCUGCAUCGCGAAUGCAGACAGGGCUCGCAUCAUCAGGGAACAAUCUACGGCCGAAGCCAGCAGUAGUUGCGGCAUCGACCGCUGGUGUGAAAGCUGCAUCGCCGAAGCCAAUGGUCGCGAGUCUGACACAAGCAGCGCAGACACGUCGUGUUGCUCCGGCGGCUGUAAAUUCCGUAGCGGCGAUGCCGUGUACGCCAAAAGUGCCAUUGGCGCAGACCGGUGUUACUCCACCAAUCGCAACCAAGCCAGUGGUGGCUAUGAUAUCGAAUGUUAGCGCGGCGCUUGCAACGCCGAGGCAAGCCGCUACUAUGGUCUCAACGGCUUCAGUAGCUGCACCGUCGACAGUACAUGCAAAGCAAUCGACACAUUGUGGGGAGAAACGAAAGCUUGACGUUGCUGGAAUCGGCGCGAAAGCGGCGGUUGUAAAGGAGAAGACACUCGGUAGAGACAACAAUGGUCAGCCGGGAAUCAAGAGUAAAAAAAAUGAAAAAAGCGGGAGCUAA